AUGACAAGCGCCCCCACCGUCAUCCUCUGCUUCGCCGUCGGGGCCAGGUACUGCGAGGAGCAGGAGAAGAAGCGCAUUGCUGUCCUGGCCGCUGCCCGCACCAAGGCGCACAAGGCCGCAGGUCCGUCCCGUCGCCGUCGCAAGUCAAAGGCGAAGGACAUGCCCCCUCAGCAGAGGGGCCAUGGCAAGCGUGAGGGCCAGGCUGGGAAGGGCAACAAGAGCAACGCCGGCGGCCGUGGCGGCACCCAGAACGUCCCCAAGCACGGCGGUGGCGGUGGCAGCCGCGGGAAGCACGGUGGCGGCGGCCACGGCGGCAACCAGAGCGUCCCCAAGCACGGCGGUGGCGUUGGCGGCCGCAGGAAGCACGGCGGCGGCGGCGGCCGCGGCGGGGCGAACCAGGGCGGUGGCCGCGGCGCCGGCGGCCGCAGGGCUCGCGGCUGA